AUGACAUUAAUAACAGUCUCGCUAUUGACGACACUCUAUGUGUCUUCCGCAGCUGCCAUACAAGUAAGUGUGUGCCACGAUGCAACGUAUGAUAUUUCAGUGGAUGCCACUUCACUAUGUUCAGGCUCAGGCGCAGCUCCUGCGGGUAAGAGCUGUCCUAAAGCGGGAGAUGUGGCCGUGGCUGACUGUCUCUCCACUCUUCCAUCUUAUGGAAGCGAAAGAUGCGUGGCACCUGAAGAUGCUGUGUGUCAAGUGGUGAAAGGAGAUACAUGGGGCUGUGUAUUGCCUUCAGUGGGUUGCAAUCUUACAUUAGUCGAAAUUGAGAAUGCUUGUGAGACGUGGGAUUAUAACGGCGAUGACAAGGUGAUUAGCAUCGGGUCGUUUAAUGAUCAAGAAGACUACGAUCAGAGUUGGUUCGUUCCAACGAUAAAACUGAGAGAAAUUGAGGGCUGUGGCAAGAAGCCUACGCCCGCUCCAACGACACCAGCGCCCACGCCAGCCGCUACAAAAUUUAACGCAACGACGCCUGCGUAA